GAUGCUUCAGCGCCUUCUCCUCUACCAAACCUCCUGUCGCUCCUGCUCCUGCCACCGUGCUUCUCGGGACGCACUGGCGCUUGUCCAGGGCUCUGCUGUGCUGAUUCCUUGCUGACUGGCCUGUUUGCUGCGUAUCAAAGCAAUCAAGGAAGAAUAGCCCGGGACUCGCAGGCCCUGGGAACAAACGAGAAAAAAGAGGGAAAAUAGUCCUGCCCCUUUGUCCUAGUGACUUUUUGUGAGCGGCGAACCUGUACGAGUACCGGAGAGAGAGGGUUGAGCGGCAUUCACCUCAGUCAAGGCCAUCCUGUCAUCAUCCCAGGGACCGUACCCACGAAUCCUCCCUCUCCCAGCUCAUUGUUGUACCCACACCAAACAUUAUCACCGCUCCACCGCUCCACCGCGCCCCCGCCCUCCCACUCAGUCACUCAGUCACUCAGUCACUCACUCUUCGGUUAUCACUGGUGCCUAUUCGAGUGUUUGACUGCUUUCCCCAUUAUCCCUCUCUGCACUGCUUAGCUUUGCAGUACCGGCAAUAAUAAUAAUAAUAAUAAUAAUAAUAAUAGUAAUAAGAGGUACUGCCCCUAGAAAAGGAGUGACAGGGAAGACAGGAAACCCCCCAGCUUGAGUCCAGUAACUAAUAGUGGAUCCCGGGGAAGGUGAGAGCAGAAAAAAGCCUCUCGAGGACACUCCAGCAAAUAGUGAGCUUAGUCCACACGGCUCUCAUUGGUGCUCCAGAUCGAGCAACCCACCCUUCCACACCAUCCCUCUCUCAACCUCACACUGCCUGGCCGAUUCCUACGUCCUCCCCCAAAUCGACCUUUUUCUCUUUGAUCGGGCUCGCUCUGCCUCUCUCCUCUACUUUCCUCGUGCCUUGCCAGACUGCAUAAACGCACCCAAGUGUCAAGUCCCCGGUCCCCCAAGCCGGAGAAGGAGAACUCGCUUUCCCCCGAGGCAAUAGGUAAAGAGAGUCUUGACGUAGGUACCGCUAGAUCGAUCGGUGGCUGUCCUCUGAGAUAUCUUCUUCGUUGUUCUUGGAAUACCCACUGGUCUGGGGAGGGGGGCUGUUUUUUUUUUCGGUCCCUUCUACCUGUUACUCUACACACCACACAGUACCGCAGUGGUGAAGGAUCCUCCCAGGUCCUUAAAUUACAACACAGUUUGCGGAGAGAUACAUUGUCGAGCAUGGAGUUUUCGACAGAAUUUAGGGGUACGGUCACUGGAUCCUCUCUCAUUUGACAGCACAGUUUGCCUCUGAUUGCUAACCCUUUGGAUUCGAAAGGUUCACUCUUCACACAACCUUCACCGAAUGGAUCAUUAAUUGCCUCGAUCGUGCACCAGAGACUCGUACUCCGUUCAGCAUCUACACUACAGGUAAAACGAAUAAUACCACUAAAUCCCGACUUUGCAUCCCGAUUAAGCUUUGUCGAGUGGUCACCCUAUUUGAGUAACUCAUUCACUUCACCGGCAUGGCAUGGAAUCCCUGUAGUAGGGAAGAGAAGGAGUGGGGUAGAUAAGUCCGAGGAAGAGGGUGGCGGACGACAGCGCGUAUUGUUGGCGGACGACCAAUCGAUCCAAGUAUACGAUGUGGAGGACGAAAAGUGGACUGCAGUUAUCAAACAGGGCUUUGGGGGAAUAAGGCACGUUCAGUUUGGCAGAAAUGCGGACGAGGUUGUUGUCUUUUCCGAAUUUCAGGUGGGAUUCUCGGAGUUUGGCCUUCCUUGCGAAGAAACGAAUAUUGACUGGAUUCGGGUGAAAAUAGCUUAAGGUAACCAUUUGGAAUUUGACCUCGUCAAAAUCGAUAGAGAUACUCAAUCCGAAAUUCCCCACAAGAGGUAUGAAUGCAUUGUUGAAUAUAUGGUGAGCUGGUAAUGACGGUUGAAGCAGGCUAUGGUUAUCGUCCUUGCACUGCCCAUUUCGCGCUUCUCACUCGCUCAUCAACACACGAUGUGAUAAGUGUCCACCAGCACACUAGUUACAAAAUUGCGUCAAGUUUUACAUUGCCAACCCUAGAUGCGCAAGGCCUUAAGUGGUCGCCAUGUGGCCGAUGGAUAGCAGUAUGGGAUUCAGCUGCUUCUGGAUACAAGGUUCUUGUAUACGGUGCAGACGGGCAUUUAUUCAGAACAUAUGAGAAACCUUGCGACGGCCUCGGCGUAAAAAGCGUUGAAUGGAGUCCUGGGGGGGACUUUCUAACUAUCGGAAGUUAUGACGGGAGAUUGGCUUUCCUGAGCAACUACACAUUCUCUCCAGUACUAAGUCCCGCCCCAAUUGAUAGGUCGGUUACUAAAUUAUGAUGGGUAGGUGAUUGAGAUGAACCACACGAGGACCAUUAAGCUCCCGGGUGUUACGGUUUGGUCUGAAUGCACAAGUCCACCCCGUGAGAGAUAUUAUGCGCAGGCACAGCAACCAACGACGCUUCCGAUCAUAUCAUCAAGCCCUUCCGAUAGUCAGCCCAAGCUUGGCAUCUCAACGAUAGCGUUUAAUAAUCCGGAAGGGACACUUAUUGCUACUAGAAAUGACUCCAUGCCAACUACUGUUUGGAUUUGGUCUUUGAAGCUGCUCCGGCCGUAUGCUGUUCUUGUUCAAUUAAAUCCUAUCCGAUCAAUCAGCUGGCACCCAACCAUUCCGGAUCUUCUAAUGAUUCAGUGUGCGCCAAGUGGUGAUGGAAGCUCAGCAGAAACUUCAAAGCAGCAAGUGGUCUAUCUAUGGAGCGCGGCUUGGGUUCAACCAAGAGCGGUGGUUGUACCGAUGGAGCGUUUGUCGGGGAAUAAUUGGGCGAGAUGGAUCCUCACUGCUCCGCCCAGUAAGGUCGUUUCCGCUCCUUUCAGCGCAUCAACCACCAGUCCGGGGCCCUUGGUUAUGGAAAGGAGGAGUCGAAGUCCCGAUAAGAUGGAGGACAGGAAGCCGAUGGUUAUGUUUGGAGACAAGGAUGGUUUUGUUGUGGGGUACGUCCAGGAUGAGCCGGAGUCAGGGGAUGAGGGGGGAUCGGUGGAUGGGGUUGGGGUGGAGUAUCAACAGAAGAGGCCGUGGGAUCCAGCUGACUGGGAAUACUUUGCGCAAGCUGACAAGCUUCCGAAAUGUUCGUUGUCCUCGGCAUCCCAGGCACCUCCGCAUUCAAACACCGGCAGUGGCAAGGGGUUAAAGGGGGGUCUGGGAAGCGUGGUUAAUAACUCCUCGGGAUCUAAUGGGUUAUCUUCCCCGGGCGCCAUGGAUGGUGACGAUAGUUUCGAUUAUCGCUCGUGGGGGCAGAAUGUUCGAGUGAGCUCGUAGGUAGGACGAUGUGAACGGAACUGGGUUGGGAAUUAUGAACAGUUGGUCUUUUAGUACCAAAUGCAGUAAUGGCUUUCCAAUCGCAUUUUGCCUUACCCCUAAUCGGCUCGCCAUCUGAUAUUUGUUCCCUUGAUGAGAUACUCCAAUAUGGAACUUUGGUGCAUUGUUUCUUGUAUUUGAUUUUUCUUCGCAAGAGCCUCCCCCCUUCUUUUUCUCUUUCCUUACAAAUUGGUUUACAAUGUGCUUUGAUAUAAGGUGUUCUUGGGUGCAAAGUAUUUUUUUUUCCACAUCAUAUUCUCUUCCUGUUCAAAUGUGUAUUUUGCACUUUUUAUUUUUAUUCUUCCGUUCUGGGUUUUCAUUUCUCAUUUAUCCUCUCUUUUUUCGUUCUCUUUCCUUUAUCAUCACGAUUAUCAUCACCAAUUUUUCCUUUCUGCUUCUACCUCUGCUUGGUCAUGGAUGAUUAGGAUCGUCUUGUCUAUUUAACUUUAUUUUUAAAAGGGAGGGAAGGGCCAUUUAUCUAUGCUUAUUUAUUCUUUCAUCUCACCAUCGCCAUUAUCAGCGUCACCACCAUCAUGAUGGCUAACUGUUUUGUUGAUUUAUAUACCAUUCCACCGCUCUUCCAAACUUGAGCUUAUGGGGGAGGACGAAGGGAUGGAAGGCAUGAAGGAAGGAACAUUAAUUUCUCACGUUUGUCAUAACUCAUUUCUUCUCAAUUGAGACGGUAUCGUCAUUGCCAAAUUAGAUGUCUCGUGGCAUAGCAUAGCAUAACAUGGCAUCGUUUAGUCGGGUAUUUUUUCUUCUUUCUUUUCCCUUUCCAUUUUCUAUCAACUCUUGAUGGCUCUUCAUCCUCUCUCUCCCUACCAUUCCCUACUCAACUGAUGAACGUUAUGAAACGGCUGGCCUCCCUAUUUAACUUGACUAUAAAAUGAUUUGAUAUGCGGCUGCUGGAUUUUUGAUAUGCUGUAGUCUACUUGCAGAGUAUUUUUCCAAAGGGAAGACAAUAAUAACAGUAAGGUUGUAGUGUCUCUGUUUCUGUGAAUGUGCCCGGUUUCCUUUUGCGUUUUCUUGGCUUCUUUCCUUUCACUCUUUCUUCCCCUUCACGGCGCUACAGAGCACUGCACGUGAGCCAUCACGAAGUGCAUUUGUUCGCAACGCUACCCGUAGCUCGGUUUCAGGUGUCGGGUGUCCAAACCCACAUCACACAUCGCGUGGUUGGAUGUCGCAAUCAGUUAGUUGGCUACAAUACUGUACGAGUAGUGGUAGUUGGUUUCGUUGAGGAUAGUUUACUGUACUCGUACAGCGCAUCGCUCGACAUGAUGGGAUCUGUUUGUUAUUAUUGGGCACGUUUGGUUUCUGUUUUGCUUGUGUACAUGUACAGU